AUGGAUAAUCCUUAUAGAGAUAUGAAAGACAUUAAGCUCAUUUGUCAUUUCAUUCGAGAUUUUGAAGAAAUUUUUGGAUGUUUCAGUCUCGCUGAGAAAUUUGAUAUUAAAAUUAACUCUAGCGAUUACGUUGAUUCUCUUAAAAAUAAAAUCUAUGAAGUCAUUAAGCAGAAAAAUAAUAUUUUCUCCAAUAUUAAGGCUGAUGACUUAAUGCUAUGGAAGGUACAAAUUUCUAAUGAUGAUGAUAAUGGUUUUUUAAGCCUUGAAUUACAAGAAGCAAUAUUUGAUAAUAUCAAAAAUAAUAAAGAGGCCAGUGCCAUUAGAAUAAUGUUAAACGGAGAGGAGCAAUAUAGAUCGGAAAAGAUUGAAGAUACGUUUGAAAACCCACCUAAAAACUAUUACAAUUUUGUCAUUCAAGGUUAUUGCUACAAAUGUAAGAGAGGCCUUGAUAGAUCAUUUAAAUUACAUGAAAUUUCUGAUUUUCAUAUAAACAACGUAAACAAUGAGAAUGCAGGUGAAAAUGGACCUGAAUAUGAAAACGAGGAUGAAGGAGAUUCCUCACCAACUGAAUCUGAAUUUGUGGGAAAUUUAAAAAAUAUUCACAAAUACAUUAAUAUGGAUGAAUCUGGUUAUAAUAAUGUAACUGGUAAAUAUUUAUAG